AUGCCUACACCAACAACACAACCAAGACCAUCAACAUUCCGCCAACACCUCGCAGCCAACACUUUUACUCUCCCUGUAAUCCUCCUCUUCUUACUCAUCGCGUUCAACAAAUGGAUUUCUUCCUAUGAUCUGGCCUUUCCGAUGAGAGUAUGGUUGUGGAUCACGGAUUUAGGGGUCGUGAUGGUCGGGGUGGGUAUGUUCGGGGCUAGGAUUGCGGGCGAGGGGGCCAAAGUCAAGUGA